AUGCGUAGAUCGCGGGAGGCGAUCAACAAGCGCGUGGAAACCAUCUCGGCGAAGCAAUCGGCGCGGAUCCGCGCGCUGGAGUCGGAGAUCGCGGCGUGUCGGCGGCGCAUCCGCGCGCUGCAGAGCUACCCGACGGUGGUGAACACGGCGAUCGUGGUGCUGAACCAGUAUCUCAGCCAGGGCGUGCAGUGGAGCGUGCUGCAGGAGCAGGUCAAGCUGCUCAAGCAGCGUCCGUAUAAUGUGUUCCACCAUAUCAAGCAGCUUGAUCUGGAACACAAUCGUGUCAAACUGGAGUUUGACGAUGACUUUGACGACGACGACGAUGACGACGACGACGAUGACAACUUGGAAGACGAAGAUGACAACUUGGAAGACGACGAUGACAACUUGGAAGGCGAAGCCAAGAUGGCGGCAGCCUCGUCUCGCUCAGAAUCACCGCACAAAAUCAACGUGGACGUGGAGCUGAGUCUGAACUGCAACCAGAACAUCUCCCUUCUCUUCUCUCAGAAGAAAGAUCUCCAAGACAAGCUCGACAAGACCGUCCAGGCCGCGCAGGCCGCCGUCGCCGAGGCCUCCAAGCAGCGCCAGACCGAGCUGCGCGUCGCCGAGGCCGCCCACCCCGCGGAAAUCGCGCGGCAGCGCGAGAAGCGGUGGUUCGAGAAGUUCGACUGGUGCGUCACCACCGACGGUUUCAUCGUGCUGGCGGGCAAGUCCGGCGAGCAGAACGAGAUCCUCGUGCGCCGCUACCUCCGUCCCGGCGACCUCUUCCUGCACGCCGACGUGCACGGCGCCGCCACCGUGGUGCUGCGCAACUACCGCGCCCCGGAAUUGCCCGGCGAAGCGGCGCUGCUGCAAGCGGCGGCGUUCGCGCUGUGCCACUCCUCGGCGUGGGACGCGCAGCUGCUCUGCAAGGUCUACUGGGUGCCCGCCAGGCAGGUCAGCAAGACCGCGCCCUCCGGGGAGUAUUUGCCCACCGGCUCCUUCAUGAUCCGCGGGAAAAAGAACUUUUUGGCGCCGUAUCGCAUGGAAAUGGGGCUCACGGUUCUAUUCGAAGUUCGCCCCGAGGACGUGCAGCGGCACUUCUAUGACCGAAAACCGCGGGAAAUGGAGGACGCGGACUGGGAGACGCUGGUGAAGCACGGAGUCCCGCGGGUGGACACGGCGGAAUCCGCGAACGACCCGGAAGUGUUCGACGAGGACGCGGAGGAUUACGUGAUCGAGGUCAUGGACAGCGUUUCGGCGCCGAAAACCGCGGGGAAGGCGGUGGUGCGUGGGCGUGUGGACGUGAAGAAUUCGAAGAAUUCGAAGAACGCGAAGAAUUCGAAGAAUUCGAAGAGCGAGGAGGCGAAGGGCGGGAAAAAGAGCCUGAAGGGAACCACGAAGAAAUCGCGCGCGCUGGCGGAGGAGCAGGCGGAAAUGGAGGCGUUAAUCGCGGAACAGACCGAGGAACCGCGGAAGAAGGAGAUGUCCCGCGGGGAAAAGAGGAAGAUGAAGAAGAUGAAGAAACACGCCGCGGUGGACGACGAGGAGCGAAGGUGGAAACGUGGAAACGGGGUAACAGGUAGAUUGAUGGACGUCCUCUAUGGACACACGACCGUGGAAACGCUUCUCGCAGAGGAUGCCAAGAAAACCGCGGAAAAGAAGAGUGGAAACGAAACUGCCAUUCAUCGUGGAAAUCAAAAUGAAACUCCCAUUAAUCAUGAAAAUGGAAAUGAAACGCCCUCUCUCUUGAAUGAAACGCCCGCUUCCACGGAGGCUGCGGCGAUUCUGCAGGAUUUGAUGGGUCUUUCGCUCGCCGCGGAGCCGGCGGCCGCUCCCGCGCUUCGCUGCUUCACGUGCGGCAGCAGUGAGCACGACCAGCGAAACUGCCCGGAGAGUUGGCGGGUAAUCGCGGGAAUCGAGGGCGUUCUCGAGGACCAGCCCGAAACCGCCAAAGACGCCGACGAAACUGGAGAAACUGGAGAAACUGGGGAAACGGAGGAAGCAACGCGGGAUACCGCGGAUUUCCUGCUGAACUGGACGUUCCGCUCGGUGGAGGGAGAUGGCAUCCUGCAUGCCGUUCCGAUGUGUGCGCCGUAUAGCGCGAUCGUGGAGAGUCCGUAUCGUGCGAAGCUGACACCCGGAAAAAUGAAGAAGGGAGCGAUGGCGAAGAGUGUUUUGGAGGGAUGGAUCAAGUCAGCGACGAAUGAGAUGGAGAAGAAGGCGUUAAAGCAGAUUCCGAUGCAAGACUUGAUCAGCGUGAUUAUCAAUAAUUCGAGAGUCGCAGUGUCGGGUGCAAAGGGGAAGAAAUGCAGUGUUUGUUGA